AUGGAAAGCGAAGCUUUUGUGAGAGGGGACGAAGGUGCAGUUUUUCAGCUGGACCCAGCUGUUUUGGACGUCCUUCCCAAUGUCGCUGAGAUCGCCAAUGUCAGCCACCAUGGAGAAUCGGCCUGGGCCAAAGCUCUCCGCGUUGAUGCUCUUACGACGAACGGCAACAAGGAGAGCUACUUCAUGAAGGUGAAGCUUAAGAAUUCGCAAACAACUACUGAGCUCUCGCAUUGUAGCUAG